AUGCUCUCCCCCGAGCGCCACCGCCACCACCGCCACCCCCCGCCGCCGCAGCCGCCGCACCACCCGCCGCAGCCCAGCCAUGUCGUGGCCACCAUCGAGAACCUGCCGGCGGAGGGCGGCAGCGGCGGCGGCAGGAGCGGCAUCUCCGCGCCCUCCUCCAGCGUGCGCCAGAGGAUCAGGAAAGUGCUGAACAGGGAUCUCUUGCUGUCUGUGGCACUUGGCCAGGUACUCUCCCUCCUUAUCUGUGGCAUUGGUCUCACGAGCAAGUAUUUGUCAGAAGAUUUCCAUGCCAACACACCUGUUUUUCAGAGCUUCCUCAAUUAUAUCCUUCUAUUCUUGGUCUACACAACAACAUUGGCUGUCAGACAAGGAGAAGAAAACUUGCUGGCAAUUUUGAAAAGGAGAUGGUGGAAGUAUAUGAUCCUGGGGAUAAUAGAUAUAGAAGCCAACUACCUGGUCGUCAAAGCUUAUCAAUACACCACUCUUACUAGUGUACAGCUCCUAGACUGUUUUGUCAUCCCAGUGGUGAUACUGCUCUCCUGGUUCUUCUUACUGGUACGAUACAAGGCGGUACAUUUCAUUGGGAUUGUGGUCUGCAUUCUGGGCAUGGGAUGCAUGGCAGGAGCAGAUGUCCUCGUUGGGAGACAGCAAGGAGCAGGUGAAAAUAAACUGAUAGGGGAUCUCUUAGUACUGGGCGGAGCAACACUAUACGGCAUCUCGAACGUUUGUGAGGAGUAUAUCGUCCGAAAUCUGAGUCGAGUGGAAUUCCUGGGCAUGAUCGGACUCUUUGGCUCCUUCUUCAGUGGAAUUCAGCUUGCAAUCAUGGAACACAAAGAGCUGUUGAAAGUUCCCUGGGAUUGGCAAAUAGGCUUGUUGUAUGUUGGCUUUAGUGCCUGUAUGUUUGGCCUCUACAGCUUUAUGCCAGUGGUCAUAAAGAAAACCAGUGCUACUGCUGUCAACCUCUCCCUACUCACGGCUGACCUGUACAGUCUCUUCUGUGGAUUAUUCCUCUUCCACUACAAGUUUUCAGGACUUUACUUGUUGUCAUUCUUCACUAUCCUUGUUGGGCUGGUGCUCUACUCCUCCACGUCCACCUAUGUAGCCCAGGAUCCUCGUGUGUACAAGCAGUUUCGAAACCCUUCAGGACCUGCUGUAGACCUGCCAGCCACCGGCCAGCUGGAGCCUUCGGUAACAUACACCAGCCUGGGGCAAGAGACAGAAGAGGAGCCUCACGUUAGAGUUGCUUAAACCCAGGGCUGUUGAUCACCUACUGAUGAUUCAGUGGAGCUCGUA